ACUAUCCACAACUUCAGCAAGCUCGGGAUCGAUCUUAUCACGGGGGUCCACACUGGCGGGAAGAAGGACCCGGAGCUGUCGGAGAGCUUGUUGCACACGAAAAUCCAGCACAUGCGUUGGCUUAUCAUCGACGAGGUGGAGAACGUGUCCGUGGAGCUGCUGGACGCCGUGCACAGGCAGGUGAAGGACUCGACGAGGGACAAGGGGAACCCGUGGGCCGUGGACGCACGCGCCCUGGAACAGUUCGCCAUGUUCGGCGGACUCAGUAUUGCUGCCAAUCCUUUCAUGAAGCGGCCCGCCAACGUCGGCCGCAUACUCGAGAUGUUUUGGACAGAGGGCUUGCCGCACUCGGCGAUUCACCGCUACGCCCUGACCCAGUCGCACCGCUGCUCAGACCCGUGGUCGGGGAGCUUCCUCGCAGAAGCGCGCGCGGGGAGUCUGUCGGACAGAAUGUGCGAUUUCGUCCACGGCUUCCCCGCUGAUGUGCCCGGCUCCUGGAUGCUCGUAAGCCCCGGCAGCGCCGAGGCCUCGACGGGGCACCUCGGCUGCGGGAAAGCGAAGUGCCGCGCGCUCUGGUUAGCUCAGUGGCCGCGGACGUUCGGAGAGGGUCGGCCCUGGCAGGACAUGCGAGCUCUUGAGGCUGCCGCGUCGCCUCUCAGAGCGAUGCCAGACAGCGGGAGGUCGAAGGAGCCCCUUGCCAACGCCAGGCAGAACUGGCUGAUGUACCCGGAAAACAAGACUGGCGGAGUUCCGGGCGUGCUUCCGAUCUUCGAAGGGAUGCGCGCGCGCUUCACGACCACGGAGAAUGCGGAGGCGGGGGCCUGCAAGCAUUCCUGGGGGACAGUGAAUGGCUGGGUUCUCCACCCGGACGAUUCGAAGCUGGUGAAGGAGCAGAGGGCCGAGCCGGAGCUGGUCCUGCAGCACGUGCCCGAUGCGAUCAUGGUGAGAAUUUCAGGAAGCGCGGCCCCCCGCUUCGGCAAUCAGCCUGCUGGCGCCUUCCCGGUGAAGCUGAAGGAAGUGUCCUGGGAUCGCAGUCCCGGCUUCAAGGCCAUGGUGAAGCGCACGGGUUCCCCGCUCGCCCCGCGCUUCGCCGCCGCGGCCCACUGCGUCACCGGCCCCGCUCUUCCGAAGGCCAUCAUCGACUUCCUGGACGCGCGGACGACGCCCCGUUCGUCCAUGGCCCCCACUGGCUACGUGGCCAUCAGCCGUGCCAGGGGGGCGGACGACCUGAUCAUCACCCAGCCUUUUUCCCCCGUGCUGUUCCGCCAGGGGCAUCAGACGGGCCCGUGGCUCCUGCGCUCCCUUGCAGCCGGGGAGAUGGCGACGGAACAGGCGAAAGCCGGUUGGGCCAAGGCAGAGAGGGAAGCCGCGUCCAGGUCGUCGAAGAAGUUGGUGGGCGCCACGUUCCAGUGCGCCGACUGCCGCCGGCGAAAAAAAAAGACCGGCAAUUUCCCAGACAGUGGCAUGAGAACGAGCGACCCCCUGGAGCACGCCGUGGCGGUGCUGAGCCGGGGGGCCUGGAGGAGGUGCGCCCUCUGCGUUCAGAAGCGGACCUCUGCUUCGGGCGCACCUGCCGCGGCUGCAGCGCCGUUCGCCGCGAAAGGCAGAGACGUGCUCGUCUGUGAUCGCUGCAUGGGGCCCGAACAAUUGACGAAUUUCCGACGCAGUGAGGUGAAUGACCCGAAAGGCAGAGGCGCGCUGGACCUCGCCGUUUGCGUGGCGUGCACCCCGGAGAGGCAGCAUUUCAACGUGUUGUCGGCGGCCCGCCGGUUGAAGCGUCGUAGCUGUAAGGGGGACAUGCCCGCGGAGCAGUUCGAUGCAGCUUUUUUUAAGAUGCACAAGAGCGUCAAAGACGCCGCGUGCCUCAAGUGUCUGGACGAAAAAUGGGAGCCCUUCUGCAAGGGGGGCUGGGGUGCAAGGCCUCCAGAACGCGUGGAGUACAGCGCCAGUUUCUGGUGCGAGUCGUGCAAAUUUCCGCCGCGCGCGAGAUGUGGCUCGGCUCCGCGGCCGAAGACGGCCAAGUACAGAGUCUGGAACAUGAGAGAGUGGACCUGCGCUCAGUGCCGGGAUCCGUGCAGGGAUUUGAAAUGCGCGCGGUGCUCGGCAGUGUUUAG